CUCGCAUCCUUUCACACUGCGAUAGAGUACCAAUUUGAUCAACCGCUCCACGAAUGAAUCAAUUUCACUGAUUGGUUGAUAGUUGGUACAAUUAAUGUAGCCAUUUGGGGCUUAUUUGUGGAAAAGAAAAAUGGGUUCAGGGUCAAGAUUAAAGCAGCUAUGUCGUUUGAAUUUUCUAAGGGAUGUAUGCGUACCUGGAUGGAAGAAGCCACAUGCCAACACUAUGGUUGCUAUAAAGAAAAGUCCACGAAGCCCUCUACUCCCGUCUCAUCCUUUCAUUCUUCCGUGCGAUUAGUGUUCAAGUUCCAUAGCUCCGAAUCCUUCUGUUUCUCGACUCAUUUCACCUUCUAAGGUUUCAGUGUCAUAAGAUUCCUUGAAGUAGCGGAGAAUAGCUGCUGUUUUAUCAUAUAGAGAUGACUUGCUUCCCUUUUUUGUUCAGUAAGAGGGCGAAAUCCCCAAUGGGAAGCGUUGGCCACGACGAAGAACUUUCAGGCAUGCACAAUGUUAGACUAUAUACAUACAAAGAGCUAAAAGUUGCAACUGAAGAUUUCAGCUUAGCGAAUAAAAUAGGGGAGGGCGGUUUCGGUUCUGUAUACAAGGGAAGGCUAAGAAAUGGAAAGCUUGCUGCCAUAAAAGUUCUUUCGGCUCAAUCGAGACAAGGAUUGAAGGAAUUCUUGGCUGAAACUAAAGUCAUCUCUGUGAUAGAACAUGAAAAUCUGGUUCAGCUUUAUGGCUGCUGUGUGGAGAAUAAUCAUAGAAUUCUUGUCUAUAAUUACCUUGAGAACAAUAGCCUUGCACAAACUCUUCUUGGGCGAGGUUCCAGUAGUCUCCAGUUUGAUUGGCGAAGUAGGUCUCGGAUUUGCAUUGGAAUUGCACGCGGGCUUGCCUUCCUUCAUGAGGAUGUACAGCCAUAUAUCAUUCAUAGAGAUAUCAAAGCAAGUAACAUUCUUCUUGACCGUGAUCUCACUCCUAAGAUUUCAGAUUUCGGCCUUGCGAGGCUCGUUCCAGCCAACAUGUCUCACAUUAGUACCGGAGUGGCAGGAACAAUUGGUUACCUAGCACCCGAAUAUGCGAUAAGAGGGCAGGUGACGCGAAAAUCAGAUAUUUACAGUUUCGGCGUCCUCCUUGUGGAAAUAGUCAGCGGAAGAUGCAACAAAAACAUGAAGUUACCAAUUGGAGAGCAAUAUCUUCUCGAAACGGCAUGGAAUCUUUAUGAGCAAGGAGAGCUCGUUCUGCUCGUAGAUAUGUCGUUAAACGGCGACUUCGAUGCUGAGGAAGCUUGUAAAUAUAUUAAGAUUGGUCUACUUUGCACACAAGACAGUCCGAAGCUCCGCCCAUCGAUGUCGACUGUGGUAAAGAUGCUAAUGGGUGAGAUGAGCGUCGAAGAUAGAAAGAUAACGAAACCGGGGCUGCUUUCGGACCUCAUGGAUCCAAGAGGAAAGAUUCCAGAGGAAAAUAAAGGGUCUGAUGGUCUGUUCUCUGGAUCAAACACCCUUGGAAACUCAACAACGUCAUCUGAACCCUCAACUGUUACAACUGCAACCUUCACUGCACGAUAUGAUAGCAACAUCUGAUGAGCCAAUUUGAUUUAUUCUCUUCUUUAAUGACGCUUUGCCAAUAAGUAUAUAAAUUGUUUGGUAUUUUUUUAAAAAAUUUUUUGUAGGAAGAGUUUUUGGAAGGCUUCUGUACUAUAUUGUCUUGAACUUCCAAUCUUGUGGGAGGUCGAGAGCUCCGAUCAUUAACUAGGUAAAAUGUGUUUUGAUCAGUUAAGUUAUGUUUAUGUCAGUUUCUGUCCCGUCCUGUCCCACUGUUUAUUAGAAUCAUUAUUCAAGUAA